AAGAGUCGAAUAAAGACAGUUGUGAACCACUGAAGAUUGUGGUGGAUGUAGAAGAAGCACAUUGAAACACAUUUGUCAGUGAUCGUGAAAGCGAUUGUUGGCCGGGUGGAUUGUUGUGAUGGUCUGUUUGAUUAAACGUGAACAAUGUCUAAUUUUUUACGAAGUUUGGUUUUCGGAGUGUUUCUUAGCCUCGCGAACGCCAGCAUGCCUCAUCCAUGGUAUGAAACUUUACCCGCGGUGGCCUUAGAUUAUAAAGUUCAUAUUGAUGCCGGAAAAGAAGAUUGUUACUUUCAAUAUGUUAAUGCUGGCGCUACUUUCUACGUAAAUUUCCAGGUGGUACGUGGUGGAGAUAGAAAAGCUGGUUUCGCAGUACGAAAUCCAGAAGGAGUAAUAGUUCAUCCUUAUCAGUGGCUUCCUAACUCAGAUUAUCAAGAUACUGUGAAAAAUGCUGGCUAUUAUAGCAUUUGUAUAGAUAAUCAGUUUUCCAGAUUUGCUUCAAAAUUAGUUAAUUUAUAUAUUACAGUAAUCAGAUACGAUGAAUGGGAUAAAUAUUCAAUGGAACUAGAAGAAUUAAAUCUUUCUGUGGAAAACUUUACAUCUGCAAUAAUCAAUGUGGAGAAAAACAUUAAUGAAAUGCUCCAAACUCAACAUUUGAGCAGAAGUAGAGAAGCUCGAGAUUUAAAUUUAUUAUUGGAUAAUAAUUCUUAUGUCCAAACAUGGUCUAUUGCCCAAAUAAUUGUCAUAAUGGUAACAACAACGAUACAGGUAUAUUUUGUAAGAAAAUUAUUUGAAGUGAAACCAUCUAGAUAUUCUAGAGCAGGUAUAUAAACAUUAUUGACAUAUUGUAUCAUUGUGAUUGUGAGCGCGAUUAACGAACAAAUUUUGUGCGUUUAUCGCGGGAAGGAUAAUAACGAAUAUACUGGAUUGUUUAUUUAGGAUGUAAUAGAAGACAGUCUAUUUUGUUUAAGUUAAAGUUUGCUGUACUGUCAGGAUACGAUAUUCUUCUUUUCUCAGAAAGAACUGGAAAGCCUGCUUUGUAAGACUGUACGUGUCAUGUCCUAUUUUUGCAUAAACAAAACAUUCCAUUGAUUAUUAUAAAUUAUUCAAAUAUUAAUUUCAUUUGUUUUUACUCUCAGGCUUUUAGCUAAAAUAUAUGAAGUACAGUUAUAGAUUGAUGAGAUUAUUAGGGAACAUUUAUAAUAGUAUUUAUAUUAAGACAAUAAAUAAUAAGAUACUUUUAUUAUAAA